GCUCACUCCUCACGCGCCUCACUCCGCUCCCAUCACCGCUUCACCCCGCACAGGAAGGAGCACCGCCGCUUGUCCUCCCCCCACGUCCCGCGGGAUAAACCGAUCGGACGCGUUUGCCUUUGGUCUCGUGUCUCCGCGUCCCCGGGGCGUCUCUUCUCAUUCUCUCAAUGGGUCCGUGCGCGCUGCUGCUGCUGGUGCUGGGCUCUCUGUUCGGACUUCUCCUGGGCCAAGGUGCCGGGCAGAUCUCCUUAGAAGACUGCUGUAAAGAUGGCCGAGAGCGUGGCAAGGACAACCAAGACUGUGCGUCCCUCCCUCUGAUCUCCGAGUGGAUCACGUGCAGGAUCGUGCAGGAGCAGUGCUGCGUCACCGUGCUCGAGGAUAACAUGUGCAACACCGGCAUCAACGUGGCCAAAGAACAAGGGGCCUGCGACGCGUUGUUCACCAACACCUGCGAGACCAAGGCGACAAAGAUGUGCUGCGACUGUUGCCUUCUGGGGAUGGCGACACAAGCCAAGAAUCUACCCUGUGACCAGGACCUGUCUGUGGGCUACCAGUGUAGCCUGGUGUCCCGGGCCUGCUGCUCCAAUGGAGCCCCAGAAGAACCGACCACAGACGCACCAAAAACUGAAUUAGCAAACGAUGAAAACACCAAUAAUGGAGAUUCAGAAUUAAGUGACCAGUGCAAAGGGAAAUGUGCUCAUGAAUGUGUGGGCAAUGGCACGUGUACCUGCUUCAAAGGCUACAAACUCAAGCCAGAUGCAAGGAGCUGCGAGGAUAUCAACGAGUGCUUGUUGGGAACUAGCAACUGUCGCGGAGGAGAGCGCUGUAUCAACACACAGGGUUCUUUCCGUUGCCAGAGAGAGGUCAGCUGUGGUACCGGCUAUGAACUCACCGACGACAACAACUGCAAAGACAUCGAUGAGUGCGAGGCUGACAUCCACAACUGUGGCCAGGGGCUCGAGUGCCAAAACACCCAGGGGUCGUUCCGUUGUCUCCCCAAGGUCAAGUGUGGGCCCGGCUUCAUCCAGGACGCCCUCGGCAACUGCAUCGACAUCAAUGAAUGCAUAAGCCAGACGGGCCCCUGCCACCGCGGGCAGAUCUGCAUCAACACCGUCGGCUCCUACAGCUGCCAGAGGAACUCCGUCAACUGCGGCCGAGGGUACCACCUGAACGAGGAAGGCACGCGCUGCGUAGACAUCGACGAGUGCAAAGGCCCCGAAAGGGUCUGCGCAGGCCACGGCUGCAUCAACCUGGUGGGCUCGUACCGCUGCGAGUGCGAGGCCGGCUACGUCUUCAACAGCAUCGCCCGUCUGUGCGAGGAUAUCAACGAAUGCAGGCACUACCCCGGCCGCCUGUGUGCUCAUAAGUGCGACAACGUUCUGGGAUCCUACAAGUGCAGCUGCACCACCGGCUUCAGGCUAGCCGCUGACAAAAGGAAUUGUGACGACUUGAAUGAGUGCGAGAGCAACCCGUGCAGUCAGGAGUGCGCCAACGUGUACGGCUCCUACCAGUGCUACUGUCGCCGUGGCUACCAGCUCAGUGACAUGGAUGGAACGACGUGCGAAGAUAUAGAUGAGUGUGCCUUGCCGACCGGAGGUCAUAUUUGCUCUUACCGCUGUCUCAACACCCCGGGCAGCUUCCACUGCUCCUGUCCGCUCAGCGGCUACACCGUGGCACCCAAUGGGCGCAGCUGCCAGGAUGUUGAUGAAUGCGUCACAGGAACACACACGUGCACGGUGAAUCAGAGCUGCUUUAAUGUGCAGGGAGGAUUCAGAUGCUUGUCCUUCGAUUGUCCAAACAACUACCGGCACGUUGGAGAGACUCGAUGUGAACGCUUGCUUUGCAAUGAUUCUGUCGAGUGCCUGGCCAUGCCCCUGAGAAUAACCUACUACCACCUCACCUUCCCCACCAACAUUCCCGUCUUCACCAACAUCUUCCGCAUGGGCCCCACUCACACCGUGGCCGGCGAUGACAUCCAGAUUGUCAUCACCGCCGGCAACGAGGGCGGUUUCUUCCUGACGGAGCAGGUGGCCGGCGGCGGCGUGAUGUCGGUGGCGAAGCUCAUCAACAAGGCGCAGGACUUUGAGCUGUCUCUGGAGCUGAGGCUGCGUCGCUACGGCACGCUCAGCAUAUACCUGGCUAAAGUGCUGGUGUUUGUUACCCAGGAGGAGCCCAGACUGCCUUACAACCCCUUACUAGAAUAAACAACAAACACAGAAGUUCCAUCGGGGGGGGGUUGCGCAAGUAACUGCACUCUUAAAAAGGACGUGCCAUUUUAAACAGAAAGAAGGUUCAUCACCCGCUGCAGCGCAUCUUUAUGUGGCAUAUACCGCAUCGAUGUAUCCUGAGAAGUAUACGAAUAUAUAUUAUGGUUUCCAAAUAAGUAUUGCUAUUAGACUUAAAUUCAUCUUUACUGCCGAAGAUUGUUCUUUAAUUUAAAAGGUUACUGCACGUCUUCAAAUAUUGGUACGCUGCAUUGACUCAUGGCCUGAUGAAGCAGCUUUAAGGUCUUGCGGGUAAAAUAAACUGAAGGCCCCCAAUGACCCCAUGUGGUCCUUCCUACAGUAUCUGUGCAUUAUGUUAUUUUCUUUCUAAAAGCCAGCCAGGAUAUUGCCCCCUUUCAACAUUGUAAGCAUGAGUUUAUGGCCUCAAUCGCAAGUCUUCUUCAAUACGGCAUGAUGUUGAUUUAGUAAAUUCUGGUCCCAUUUACAGUAAAAUAGAUGAUAAAGCGGGAAAUGCUUGUAGGGCGUGGAUACCUCUUGCUACCACGGCGUUAUCUGGCCUGGUGGUCGUUUUUCAAUCUUUUAACUUUUAACCUCUCCCAUUGUGUUUUCAGUUCAUGGAAGUUCAUUUUUAAAAUGUAGUCGCACCUCUACCCCUUCGUGUCACUUCUGCGCCGUCAUCCAGCAUUUCACAGCAACGGGAUUAAAAUGGCGCAUCAUUUUUUAAGAGUGCACAUGAAAGAAGAAUAUAGCAGACACUGUGAGAAGAAAAAAAGCACAGUUUGAUAGUAUAUUAUGUGGUAUUUUACACAAUCAACUUUUUAAGGACCAUUAUGAAUUAGGUCUCAGUACAUUUUUCCUUCUUAGAGGUAAUGUGUUAGCCGCUAGGUGGCGUUCUAGGUCAGGGUAAAUCAUAAAAUGGUAACGACCCAAGUCUGCCUUUAACUAAGUGUAAUUUGAGGAUGGUUGCAUGAUAAAGUCUGACAUUUUGCAGUAUUUUAUGGUUUAUGUCUUGGAUGAACAGUUUUCUAUUAAAAUUGAAAUAGGAAUAACACAUGUUCAAGUCAAAUACAGUUCUUGAUAAUGGUGCAUUGUGCGGUUUAAUCAAAUGCAGCAAAGGGAGCAGCUGGAAUGUGAGGCCAAAUCACAGAUGGAGGCUGUGCGACUUCCUCACAUAGCUUCAUAGUUACUAUUAUUUUUGUAUAUAUUUAGUCAAACAUCCCCAACUUCAUGUGUCCAUAAACAAGAUAUUUGAAAAGUAAUGAAACAACAGCUUAUUUUUCUCCCCGGGUGGUUAUAAAACCUUCCUGCAUCAGUAACCUUUGUUAAACCAAGAACUCCUGUAUUUUACAUCAGCCAAGAAACAAUACAAGUCAAAUAUCCCAUCGAUAAAUCAUACCCUUCAGUUAUAUAAGCCUUUUUGUCCAACUUUACCAUUUAUUAAGUCCAUAAAGUAAUUCUUCACCUCCAAAGAGCCAGACCUUUCCUCUUAAUGCAUUGUUACAUUUCCCAAACAUCAGUUACCUUGCACCGCAAAUAUGUCUUUCUGUGGCAGUUAUUUUCAUGCACAUGUCUUUAGCUCCCAUUACACUGCAGGCUUAAUGUGAAAUGCACAGAUUUCCACUGCAUACCGCGGGUGUAAACCCCAAAGCAGACAGAUAAUCCAAAUGAAGGCUGAGUAAGUGACACGCGAUGGGAUGCAGUGGCAAAGGAGAAGGGAAAUGUGCACCAGCAGGAGCAAGUAUAAAUAGUUUGACAUGCUGUGAAGCUGCUGCCCCGAGGGCUGCGGCUCAUAAUAACUGUAAAUUCAGAUGUCCUAGGUUCCUCCUGAGCUGUUGGGCCCAGUAAGGAUGCACUUGGUCCCUAUUGGGGAUAUCCUUAAAAUAAGAACAUAGUGGUGUGCAGAAGGGUUUUUUUUCCUCCCCUUUGACAUUGAGUUAUGGGGCUCUGGGCUCUGGCCGGUGGUCUGAACAAUUUGUGGCGCAGCAACAUCACCGCGCACAGAAUGAAUGAUGCCCUGCCGUGUUUGUGUUGGGUCGUUAUCAAUGUGCCGACUAUAAAUAAUAAUUACCAAAAAAAAAAAAAAAUGCCCUAAGCUUGACCAGAGGACUUUCAUCCAAACAGUGUGUUUUUCUUUCUGGUUUGAAAGUAUUGGGGUUUUCUCCUGAACUGGGACACGUGACGCAUGAAGCAGAUGAAAAAGACUGUUCACUUGUGCAUGCGCAUGCACACGAACACACACACACAAGCAUGUUGGAAUGUACAAAGGCACACAUGCACAAGUAAACAUGCACAACAAUGAAGGCCAAUCAGCAUGCAGAAAUAUUCAUUAGCACCGAAGCUGAAAUUAGCUCCAGUCGCUGCGCCGGCUCUAAAGAGGGCAGUUGACCCCCGGAUCGCUAUAGUGUCAUAAAUGUGCUCUCUAUCCCAUCAGAGCUUUCACCUCGUCCUCUAGAGCCCCGCUCGGGUCUUUCUGCAGCUCAGGCCGUGGUAUUAUAAACUAAGAGAACAUUUUGUGGGUUUGGCAUAGGCCAAGGCCAACUUGGACCCACCCGCUAAUUGCAAAUUACAAGCCCCUACCCAGCGGUGGCUUGACUUUUUCGUCAGGGGCUUCUCCCCUCACUCUCCACGGAAGGAGCCGUGCAACCCAAGCCGGGGGCCCGGGCUUUGGGCCGCCGCCCUAUAGGUCCCCCGAGGAGCGCACAGAGAUCCACGGCCCAUGACUCACAAUGCGGCUCUAUAGCUGCCACGCACAUUAACCGGCCUUAUACACAUGGCAACCCGGCUGUUUUCAUAACCCAAUAUAACCGUGUACGGACUCGUCUCCUUUGUUUGAAAAACCGAGCUUGGAUUCAAACAUCUUUGACGUCGAAGUCAAGUCACAAGUAUCUCAUUGUUUCAAAGACAAACUCUUUGAUUCGUGAGGUUAGGGGCCUUUCCUCAAAGCCCUUCACGUGGCAGACAGGUAGUGAAUGGGAAUGCUUGGGGUGGCGUUAGCCUCAGGGGCCGGCGGAGGCCCUCCAUUCCCUACGACCUGUCACCGAUUAGCCUGUGGAAUAAACAAAGCCCUAAAUAAUAGGAUGAGAGCAGCCCUGGGGAGAGGCCGGGGAGUUGUCUAGUCAUGUUGCUCACAAUUUAGGAGUCUUUUAGAACACUCCCUCGCCCAAUAAAUCCUCCUGGAGAGAUUAUCUGAUGUGAAGCCGGGGAUGCUCAGCAAAAUCCAAAUAUUUUCCCGAGCAGGUUGUGGAUCAUUCCCUGGGUGUAGUAAUUCAAAUUCCCACACAUCUUGAAAU